AGUCGUUACACCAGGCGAGCUGCGGACCGUUGCACUGACCUGACGGCGGAUCUUACCGGAGACAUUGUGGACGUUAACGCUGUCUGAACACGGUGUAAACUAGUGUUCACCCUCCGUUAGCUCGGUUUAGCCUCUUCGGGGCUACAUUAGGAGGCAUCCUGGAAGCACCGGGAGAACCGCGGAUAUCUACGCGGCAUGGAUGCUUCGUGACCCGCGGCAGGUGUGAAGAGAUGCCGGGGGAGCCGCCGGCGGGAACCGGCCGGGUGGUGCUCGUGAAGAAGAUCAUCAUGAAGGACGGAGCUGCGCUGCAGCAGGGUAUCGGCAGACCCAGUGUGUAUCACGCAGUGGUGGUGAUCUUCCUGGAGUUCUUCGCCUGGGGGUUGCUCACCACGCCCAUGCUCACUGUUCUACAUGAAACUUUCCCGCAGCACACGUUCCUGAUGAAUGGACUCAUCCAGGGCGUGAAGGGUCUGCUGUCAUUUAUGUCUGCUCCUUUGAUCGGCGCGUUGUCGGACGUGUGGGGCCGGCGCACCUUCCUGUUGGUCACCGUCUUCUUCACCUGCGCUCCGAUCCCUCUGAUGAGGCUCAGCCCCUGGUGGUACUUCGCCAUGAUCUCCAUGUCUGGAGCUUUCUCUGUCACCUUCUCAGUCAUCUUCGCCUACGUCGCUGAUGUGACGGAUGAAAGGGAGAGGAGUACAGCCUACGGUCUGGUGUCGGCUACGUUUGCAGCCAGCCUGGUAACGAGUCCAGCCAUCGGUGCGUACCUGUCAGCCUGGUACGGAGACAACCUGGUGGUUCUGGUGGCUACACUCAUCGCCCUGGCUGACAUCUGCUUCAUCCUGCUGGCUGUGCCGGAGUCUCUGCCCGACAAGAUGAGGCUCAACACCUGGGGGGCGCCCAUAUCCUGGGAGCAGGCCGACCCCUUCGCUUCUCUGCGUAAGGUGGGUCAGGACCCGACAGUCUUACUGAUCUGCAUCACUGUGUUCCUGUCUUACCUCCCUGAGGCUGGACAGUACUCCAGCUUCUUCCUCUACCUGAGACAGGUCAUUAAUUUCUCCUCCACGACCAUUGCUGUUUUUAUUGGAGUUGUGGGCAUCCUGUCCAUCGUAGCACAGACUCUGUUCCUCACGCUGCUGAUGAGGACCCUGGGUAAUAAAAACACUGUCCUGUUGGGUCUGGGCUUCCAGAUCCUUCAGCUGGCCUGGUACGGCUUCGGAUCAGAGCCAUGGAUGAUGUGGGCAGCUGGUGCAGUAGCAGCGAUGUCCUCCAUCACCUUCCCAGCCGUCUCUGCUCUGGUGUCACAGUCUGCUGAUCCUGAUAAACAAGGUGUGGUCCAGGGGAUGAUCACAGGGAUCAGAGGGCUGUGUAACGGUCUGGGUCCAGCUCUGUACGGAUUCAUCUUCUUCCUCUUCAACGUGGAGCUCAACACCAUGGACCCCAUCCAGGGAGAGUUCAACAUUGACCCCCUGCCUCUGCACAGUCCCACUGAGCUGGGGCUCAUCCCGGGCCCGCCCUUCCUGUUAGGGGCGUGCACCGUGGUCGUCGCCUUCCUCGUCGCCCUCUUCAUCCCUGAGAAGCCUUCCUGCUCCGCCUCCCCCUCCCAGCUGUCCCUCAGCGACAAGCCCCACCUGGACAGCAAAGAGUCCAUGUCCUCGCUGGCCGGCGUCCACAUCAACACGCCCCUCCCGGGCAGCGACGAGGAGAACCCUCCCACCGCCAGCGAUGAGGACUUUGAGCCGCUCCUGCAGGACAGUAUCGUCUGAUGGACAGGUGGAAGGCUGGUUUGAUUGACAUUUUCUUUGCCGCAGGGCGGGACUAAGUGUACUUUUAUUGUCAGAAGAUUGCAGUUGACAGCAAGAAGCCAGUGGGCGUUGCUGACAGAGCCACCAGGAGCCGAGGCGGUACCAUCUCACGAGUGACCAAUAAGGAUGUUUCUUUCACAAGGAGGCGGGGCAAAGAGCUGCAAAUUACCAGAAGAGACCAGGACGAUAAUUUGACUGACAGAAAGACGGUGGGGCCAACAGGGACAACACAUUCAAAAGGAAACCAUCGUUUGACUGACCAGACGAGGGACCAACUGCGUUUCUUAUGGAACGGCUAGUUUUGGGACACGCCCACUUCAGAUCACCUGACGGGAAAGAGAAGUAUUUUUGAGGUUUUAACGGAAGGAUUAUCGUUCAUCUUUAAGCUUGAAGUUGUUGAUUGUUUUUGUGAUAAACAAGAAAAGGUGUUUUUACCUUCAGCUGUAUCAUUUUGAAGCCGUAUUUUGAUGCUGUGAUUAUUUCUUAUUGGUUAUUGUACAAAAGAAACACGUCUGCAGCGUAUUUACAGCAGCCAAAACAUCAGUGUUGAUUUAUAUUUUUUCUUUUUGGGGCAGGGUUUUGGGAUUUUUAUUCUUUUUAAGUGUACAGUAUCUUCCUGCUACGAGCUAUCGAUCGCUAACAAGGUGUGAAUGUGACGAGCUGAGAGACGAGUCAGCCACCUGAGAUCCAACAUGACAAACUAUCAGAUUUAUUUUCAUGGCCAGGUUUCCUCUUGAGUUUUUAGUUUCUCUAAAUUAAUUUCUUUAUAAAACAAUACCAGAACACCUCAGUGGGUAGUCUUCACUCGUAGUUUCAGCAGUCAUUGUCCCCGUCUGUCACUCUACCUCAGAUCAGCAUGUUUUUAAAUCAGACUCACCCUGGAUUCACUCAUCCUCUAUCACCUGUGUUUUAUUUUUAUAUCAGAGUCACUUUAUGAAUGCUGCUGGCUGCUGGCAGGGGAAAACCUCAGAGCUGCAACUUCACCUUCAGAUAUUGUUCAUGGUUACAGUAUUGCUCAUUUUUAUUUUUAAUGUUAGUGGAAAGUGGUUGUGCGGCUCAAACUGUCCAACAAACAAGUCAGAUAUAGAAACACAAUCACAACAGAUUCUUAGAUUUAGUACGUUUGUUGUGUAAAUCCAUUUGGACCAAUGGGACAACAGGUGGCACAGUCACACAUAUUUGAACGUUUAAUGAUAAUAUUUAAAGGGAUACUAUGCAGGAUUAGCUAACGCAACAUUCAGACCUGGCCCCUCCUGCAUACUUCGCCCGUACGUACACUGCAAGAUACUAUUGUAGCUGCUGGUACCUACUUGUCCGUCAGAAAUCAUUGCACAGCUUGGUGCUAUAUUUGCGCUCCUCUUAGAUAUCCUCUUAGGUAUCAGAAGGUGCGUUUCCAUCCACCUGUUUUUAAGCGCACUUUUAAUCUAUACAUAGAAAUACCUGAGUGAAAUCACCUAAAGAAUUGGAAAAAAAAUCUCGAUCACUGAAAGACUGAACCCUAGGGGAAGGCUGAAAAUUUGGUGUAUCAAAACAUGAAAGAGGUCUUUGAUUUUGAUGAAUUUAAAGACAUUUCUACCAUAAACGGAUGCGUAAAAAAUCACCAGAAUGCAGAAAAGUAAGUGUUCCUUAUAUAUGUGCCCCACCCAAUUAGAUGGGGAAAAACUGACAGAUGAUUUCGGUAUCCGCUUUUGGCCAAAUAAGAUUAAAAAAAAUCCAAUAUCGUGCAUCCCAAGCGCCUAUUGCUCAAUAUUGCUAUUGCUCAUCUCGAUAAGCCAAAUCCCAAUAUUUGCAUAACAGUCGUAAAUAGAGAUACACACAAAUUUGCAUUUUCUUUGUACCCUGGAAAUCCAGAGUUCUCGCAAGAGCACAAUUUGAAUUUGCUCAGCGAGUCACUCUGGCAAUCAGUAAUGAUGCUCAUUACCUAUGCCGUUGGAGCCGAGCUGCACCAAUCACAUAGGUGUAUGUGAUAUAGGCGGGCCAGAGGCGAGCUAAACAGAUGACGACAGCGCUGCAACGACUGGAACAAGUCCGGAAUCAGUCAGUAAACAUUGCAAGAUGGCUACGGAUGAACACCAGUUGUUUGAAACGGCUUUGGCCGCUACAAUGAACGAGUUAGACUUGGCUUUUUCUCUAAAAGAGGAACAGAAGACGGCGCUCGAGUCUUUUCUUUGCAAGAAGGAUGUUUUUCCUGUUUUGCCAACCGGAUACAGCAAGAGUCUAAUCUACCAGUUAGCUCUGCUGGUAGCUAAGCUCUGGAUACGUCACCCCGUGUAUUGUUCUGAUUGGUCGUAGUGUUAUCCAAUUGCGUGCAGUGAUAUUUUCAAAUGCAUGCUUGGUGCUGCCCCUCGAGUUGGGCCAUUUUCAUUACUCUAAAUCUUUCUAGAUUUGGGUCUGGAUUUCAAGGCUAUUUUCUUUGACCAAUUUUGUGAAGACAUGGUUAAAAUCUGUGCUACGUUUGGAUGGAAAUCCAGCUAUACUGUAUCAAAAUAAUGGAAAUAGUCACUGUGACGUCACUCGUUGAUUGUUGGACUAGUUGGACAAGUCUGGCAUGUAGAGUUUUGGAGCCAGAAGUGACUGUUUGGACGGCCACACCCUUAAUUAUGAGGAACUUUAACCCCUAAUUAAAUGUAAACAGGUGGGUUAUAUAUAAAUUCACCCCACCACAAUUGUUGUGAAUGUUAAAAUUAGCUAUACAGACCAAAACCUUUUUUGUACCAGGCUGUUAACAUGUUUAUUUCUGCUGUAAAGCUGGACAUUUUAACAUGAGGGUCUGUGGGGAUUGACUCACUCUUGGAGCCAGCCUCAAGUGGCCAUUAGAGGAACUGCAGUUUUUUCCUCUUUUGCAUUGGCUUCACUUUUCAGCCCUGGAGUUUGCUACUUGGUCAUUCGUGAUGAUCCUGCAUAGUAUAUCUUUAUGAUCCAGUCUCCAAAGGAAGAUCAAAAUGAUCAGGUUUUUUACUUUUUAAAACAAAUACGUAACAUAACUCAGGUGUCACGCUGCCUUUUGGUGUAGAGAAGUGCCACUAGAUGGCAGCAUGACACCAUGAAGACACUGCUUGUGGCUCUGAUUGCCCAGGGUCGGCGUGCCUUCGUCUGUAAGUAGCGAUGGGUGCCUGGUCCCACUAUCGCAAGUGUAGUUUUUACGUUAACUGUGAGAUCAGCUGGUCAUUUAUGUGCUGAGAGUGUCUCACAGUAUGAUUUUAAAAACACAUGGUUUUAUUUCAUUGACGUUGCAGUUAUGAGGUUUUCCCCUGCAGCAGUGAUUUUCCUGUGAAUGAACUUAUACUUGAAGCAUCAGACAGAUUUAACAAGAGCUUUAGAGAAGAUUUAGCAGAGUUUAGCAGUCUAUAACUGGAACAGAGUGUACAUAGUUAUGUGCUUUAUGAGCCUAAAGAGUAACUGUAAAUGUGAAUUAUAUUAUGGUCUGUAUAUAAGUGAAGUGUGGGGGUGUUUAUCGUGGUUGAUACGAAGGUGAAGGUUUGCCUUCAGUAAACAGUUUCACUUCAUUUCCCCUUUCUGCUGUCGUUCACACCAGAGUGUGUUCACAUGCGCACUAAUGUCCUGGUAAUGUGUCUUGUAUCAUAUUUGGUCACUUUAUUCAUCACUUUAUGAUGGCAGUCAAACAAGGAGAAAAUUGUCUGUCAUAUCUUUGCAGCUCUCACUUUUUUAAUGAAAUCUGAAAGGUGCUAGAUCAGAUCUCCAACAAACAGAUCUGCAUUUACAUAAUUUCUCCAGUCUCAUCUGUUUCAGCUCUUUAAUUUAACACUAAGUCUCAUUUCAUGACUGAAACAUUGACAGACGCCUGUUUAUGCUGCCAUUAUCAGAUUUCAUGCUUUGUCUUAAGUACACAAGUUUUCCAAAUCACGUAAUUUAAAUUUCUGGAGAUCUUAAGUUUGAUGCAGCAGGAUAUUUGUGCGCAUAUGAACACAGUUAUUUAGUUAAAGUCUGCGCCCGCUCAGUGAAACUGACUCAGCAGUGUAAAUAUUGUACAUGGAUUGGAUGUUUGUACAUGUGAAGAAAUGAAAUGUACAUGGGAUUCACUGUAAAUACACUUUGUCUGUUGUCUUGUCUGGAAACGUACCAGCCAGUUGUUGGUUAUUGGAAAUUAAAACAGAGUAACACUUGG